UUUGGAGGCUGGCACGGGAGAGGGGCGGGACUAGGCACGCCCUUCCCCCUCUGCAGCGGCUGAUUGGCCAGCGGAGUCUCCGCGUUCGAUUUGGGAAGGUUGGCUCAGCUGCUCGCUGCAAGGCUGUGGCCAAGGAUUGGUUGUUGAGGGCCUCAGAGCACUUUCUCCGGGGAACUGUGGCUGCGAUCCAGGUGGCUCGGACCGGAUCCCGGCUGCGUUCUGCCCGCCUCGGGCAGCCAAGGCAACCAGAGCAACGGUGAUGGGGACCCCAGCCUCUGUGGUGAGCGAGCCACCCCUGUGGCAGGUCUCAACUGAGGCCCGGGGGCGAAAGCAGGCCUCUGCUAACAUCUUCCAGGAUGCGGAGCUGGUGCAGAUCCAGGGCCUGUUCCAGCGCAGUGGGGACCAGCUGGCUGAAGAGCGGGCCCAGAUCAUCUGGGAAUGUGCGGGGGAUCACCGUGUGGCUGAGGCCCUAAGAAGACUGCGCAGGAAAAGGCCCCCAAGGCAGAACCACUGUAGUCGGCUGAGAGCGCCAGAGCCUGGUUCUACAGUGGUCGACCCACAGGACAGCACCACCGACAUGGCUUCCGGCGAGCAGUUUGGGAACUCCCGGAGGACAAGUGCCAGAGUCCACCGAAGCUGGAAUAAGCCGGGUCCCACAGGUUACCUCCACCAGAUCAGACACUGACCCAGUGAAGGGGUGGGGAGGUCCUCCCCAGAUGUUGCAGGGACUUUGCCAAAGGGCUUAUGGAGUAGCAAGGAGGGGCAUGAGCAGGGCCGUGUCUAAGUGAUGACAGCGGUAAUGGGACUGUUGUCCUCGAUUCAGAUCAGAACCAGAACCAGCAUUCACUGAACUCUGCACUAUGUAGAACUUUUUUUUUUUUUACUUUAGUUUUUUGAAAGCGGGUUUCUCUGUAGCUUUGAAGCCUGUACUAGCACUCACUCUGUAGACCAGGCUGGCCUCGAACUCAGAGAUCUGCCUGUCUCUGCCUCCCAAGUGCUGGGAUCAAAGACGUGCGCCACCACCGCCUGGCCCGGAACAAGGCCCAGGGAUAACAAGGCUGCUCAUGCCUCAGACCUAACAGUAUACCUGGGCUGCAUGGCGUUCCCCUGGGAUGAAAGUAAUACACACUGAGAUGCAGCAUCUCGCCACUUCUGUCACUAACUGCCAGCUACUGUCACCAUAAAGCAGCCAGCUGUCUCAGACCCUGUGUCAUGGCCAGUACAAAGGGAAAACUUGUUUAAGUGGAAAAUAAAAACAUUUACAUCAA